AUCGGUAAAACAGUACAUGAUCAUCUCGAAUUACAUCGUCCUAUACUUGCUUUACAUAUGUUGUAUGACCGAUAGUAAAAUUGAGCUAAUAAUGUCGUUAGCGCUUGGAAUGUGCGAGACACCUGGUUGUAAUGCCGUCGCGAGUCUACAAUGUCCAACUUGCUUGAAAAUCGGUAUCCAGGGUUCAUAUUUUUGCAGUCAAGAUUGUUUCAAGGGAAGUUGGAAAACACAUAAAGUUAUUCAUCAAUUAGCAAAAGGGGAAAAUGGAAACAAAGUUUCCGACACUUAUAAUCCUUGGCCAACUUACAAUUAUACGGGAAAAUUGCGGCCAUAUAAAAAGGAACAACGCAGAGAAGUUCCCGAUUGCAUCAAUCGACCAGACUAUGCCUUACAUCCGACUGGAGUACCGCUUAGUGAACAAGCUGUAAGAGGUUCUGGUCAAAUAAAAAUUCUCGACGAUGAGGAGAUUGAAAGCAUGAGAGUAGCGUGCAAGCUUGGUCGAGAAGUGUUGGAUGAAGCUGCAAAGACAUGUGACGUUGGUAUUACGACUGCUGAAAUUGAUAGAAUAGUGCACGAAGCAUGUAUCGAAAGAGAUUGUUAUCCAUCGCCAUUAAAUUAUUAUCAGUUUCCUGCUAGCUGUUGUACUUCUGUCAAUGAAGUGAUUUGCCAUGGUAUACCUGAUACUCGACCUUUACAGGAUGGCGAUAUUUGUAAUGUUGAUGUUACAGUAUAUCACAAUGGUUUUCAUGGAGAUUUAAACGAGACCUUUUUAGUGGGUAAUGUAAAACCGGAAAUAAAGAAAUUAGUAGAAGUGACAUAUGAAUGUUUGUCUAAGGCUAUCGAUAUUGUAAAACCUGGUGAAAAAUAUCGAGAGAUUGGUAAUGUCAUUCAAAAACAUGCACAGGCACAUGGUUUCAGUGUGGUUCGUAGCUAUUGUGGUCAUGGAAUUCAUCGUUUGUUUCACACCGCGCCAAAUGUACCGCAUUAUGCCAAAAACAAAGCAGUGGGUGUUAUGAAACCAGGCCACUGUUUCACAAUCGAACCUAUGAUAUCUCAAGGCACGUGGAAGGACGAAACAUGGCCUGAUAAUUGGACUGCUGUUACAUUAGAUGGUCAGUGGUCGGCUCAAUUUGAACAUACACUUUUAGUAACAGAAACUGGUUGUGACAUUCUCACAAAACGGCUCGCAAAUAAUGGUAAACCAUGGUUUAUGGAACACUUGUAGUAUAAUAAUAGUAUUUUCUUAAUUUUCAUCCUACAAUAUUUAAACGCGAAACUUGUGCAAAUUGAUCUUGAGAAAUAUAAUUUAAGCUAUUCUAUCUUGUAUCUAUAUUUUACAAAGUACGAUAACAUUUUGUUUCUGCAAAUGUACAGUAAUACAAAAUAAACAGCUUAAUUGAA